GCGGCGCGCCGCCUCGCCUCUCCUCUCCUCGCUUCGCUUCGCCUGGCCGCUCGCCGCCGCGGAGGGGCGGCGCUGCCUCCCCGUACUCCCCCGCCCGGCGCCCCGCUCCGUCUCCGGGAAGGGCGCGGGGAGCCCCUCGUUGCCCCUCGGCGCAGCGGAGGAGUUGAAGCCGGCGGCGGCAGAUCGGUGUGAUGCCGUGUUAGCCCCCGGAGGGAAGGAGCACGAGUGGCCGGGGCUGCGGCUGGCAUCAUGGGCACCGGGCUCGGGGGCGCGGCGGACGGGCUCCCUGCGCGCUCCUAGUGAGCCCGGAGAUGUGCCGGCGCCCGGGGGAAAUAUUUUGGAAAUAGCACGGAGCGGUCCGAGGAGGACGAGCGGGGACACCCCGUUUCACCAGCUGAGAGGAGGUCGCCCGGCGGUCGUGUACUGGCAAACAAAUAUCACUUGCUGUGUCAUAGCACAUGGAUUUCAGGACCGCCUGCGAAGAGACAAAGACAGGGAUUUGUUUGCUGCAGGAUGGUAACCAGGAGCCUUUCAAAGUGCGACUGCACUUAGCCAAAGAUAUUUUGAUGAUCCAGGAGCAGGAUGUGAUCUGUGUGUCUGGUGAGCCUUUCUAUUCUGGUGAAAGGACGGUGACAAUUAGAAGACAAACUGUAGGAGGAUUUGGAUUAAGUAUAAAGGGUGGAGCAGAACAUAAUAUUCCAGUGGUCAUUUCUAAGAUUUCCAAAGAACAACGAGCUGAACUUUCAGGUCUGCUCUUUAUAGGAGAUGCAAUUCUGCAGAUUAAUGGAAUUAAUGUGAGAAAAUGCAGGCAUGAAGAAGUGGUUCAGGUCCUUCGCAAUGCAGGGGAAGAAGUGACCUUAACUGUGUCCUUUCUGAAAAGAGCACCUGCUUUUCUCAAACUGCCACUGAAUGAAGACUGUGCGUGUGCCCCCAGUGACCAGAGCAGUGGCACUUCCUCUCCCCUGUGUGACAGUGGUUUGCAUCUCAACUACCAUCCCAACAACACGGAUACAUUAUCAUGUUCCUCAUGGCCAGCAUCCCCAGGACUUAGAUGGGAAAAAAGGUGGUGUGAUCUCCGAUUAAUUCCACUUCUUCAUUCACGAUUUUCCCAGUACCUUCCAGGAUCAGAUUUGUGCAGGCAAAAUGCAUUCCAAGUAAUUGCUGUGGAUGGGGUUUGCAGUGGAAUAAUUCAGUGUCUCUCUACUGAAGACUGUAUUGACUGGCUACAAGCAAUAGCAAGUAACAUUUCCAACCUCACAAAGCACAAUAUUAAAAAAAUCAACAGGAAUUUCCCUGUACACCAGCAGAUAGUCUACAUGGGCUGGACGGAAGAACGGGAACAAGACUCCCUUCAGGAUCGAAUGUAUACACCAAAGUUUCUAGCACUGAGGGGAUCUUCUCUGUAUAAAUUUCUGGCACCUCCAGUCACAACUUGGGAUUGGACACGAGCUGAGAAAACAUUUUCAGUCUAUGAGAUAAUGUGCAAAAUUUUCAAGGACAGUGAUCUACUGGACCGGCGGAAACAUUGUUUUGGUGUCCAGUCUGAAUCUGGAGAAGAUCUUUACUUUUCCGUGGAAUUAGAGUCUGACCUAGCACUAUGGGAAAAAGCAUUCCAGACAGCAACUUUUUUAGAAGUUGAACGCAUACAGUGCAAGACAUAUGCCUGCGUUUUGGAGAGCCAUCUCAUGGGGCUUACCAUUGACUUCAGCACAGGCUUUGUCUGUUUUGAUGCUGCAACAAAGGCUGUACUUUGGAGGUACAAAUUUUCCCAGCUGAAAGGUUCUUCAGAUGAUGGGAAGAGCAAAAUCAAAUUCCUUUUCCAAAACCCAGAUAAUAAACAAAUUGAAGCAAAGGAGCUGGAGUUUUCCAACCUGUUUGCAGUCCUUCAUUGUAUCCAUUCAUUCUUUGCAGCCAAAGUGGCUUGUUUGGACCCUUUGUUCGUAGGCAGUCAAGCCACAGCUUCUGCUGCUCCCACAACUUCUGGUACUGGCAAAUUAAAGUAUACAACUUGAUAUCUCACAUUACAGCACUGCCAUUUAUCGAAAAGACAAUGUAUAGAUAUUUGUAAGAUGUGAAACUUUGGUGAACCAUGUACAUGGAAACCAAUCCUGGAGACAAGACAUCUUGCAGCAUCAGGAGAUAGAUGGUCACGUGGGAUCAUAAACUCAUCUCUGUUCUGCAAGACACCAGUAAAUAAUCCUCGCAGAAUCCCCAAAAUAGGAUGGAUAUGCUUUUAGUAUGAUCUAUUUGUACUUAUUUAGUGCUUUAACCAACAUUGGAAGCAAAGGAAUAAAUGAUGCAAUGAGGCACUUCGGUAUUUAAUAAAAUUUUCAAAAUACUCUAAUAACACACAAAGAGAAUUGUCAUUUUCCUGUUUUCAAAUGUUUUUAUGACAAUAUGCUAAACUCUGAGUAUGAACUUAAUACCUAAUGAUUAUGCUAUAAAUGACAUAAGAGCAAGCAACAAGGAUUUAGUACAUAAUGAUGAGGAGAUGAGCAUGAAAAGACAUUUGUGUAAGUAUCUCUUCAAAUAAGAAAGCACUUUAAGCACCGCUGUAAUUCAUACUUCUUUCCAUACAUGGAGUCAUGCUAGUUUUUCUAGUUUAUUCUUUGAACAUUAGCAACAAAGAUAUAGCCAUUUUGACUGACACAGAUCAAAACAAAAACAAAAAACCUCACAGCCCCACUUCCAUGAGUUCAUUCCUCUUCUUCAAUUAAAAAUAAUGUAAUAUUACUUUAAAUAUAAUGACAAGUGAAUGUUUGUAAAAUAUCAUUUCUGCUAUUUACUUCCUCGAUUUUUUGGAGAACUAAGUUCUGUAAAUCUGAUAGUUUUGGCUCACAUAACACAGAUGUUGUAUUUGUUUCAGACACAAUCCACCUAAUGCAUUAUUUCCAUUAUUAACCUUGAUUUCACAUCAUAAACUCUCAACAAAAUAGACAUUCAACAUUAUUUUUGAAAAAAUGAGUCCAACCAUUGAAUUUGUAGGGAUUUCUUUUUAUGUAUUAUUAGCAAAAGGCAGGAAUAAAAUAAAUAGCCUUUAAUGAUAGAAGCAAUGACAGAAUGCUGAACAUCUUCAUAUAUUAAAAAAAUAUAACAUCACCCAUGACCAUAUAACAGAAAAAGUAGUUCCAGGGUCUCAUUUAAUGAUCAAAUCUGAAGGAAUUUUACAUUUCUAAGUAGUAACUUAUUAAAAAUAUAGUUUUCAAAAAUGAUUUAAUGUUGUGCUAACUGCACAGCAGUGAAAAUGGCAAAGUGGUGGGUGUUGUGUGUGGGUUGUAGCUGAAAGAUCAAAAAAAGGUGAGGUGAUUUUUUUAUUUUUUAUUUUUUUGUAAAAAGCAAAAUAUUGGAGAGAAUGCAGUUGGUGCGCAUUCAGAAUGAGUGGAAAAAUAUUUUACAUGAUGCUUUCUGGGAUUAUUAGUUAUAAUAAUGAAAUUGACAUUUCCUUUUUUUCCCUCUUAUAAAAGCACAUGAAAGGUAAGAGCUAAGCAAACAAUCUCUCUUGUGCAGCUGGAAUACACACUAUUGCACAUCCAUUUUUACAUAUCGAAAGAAGGAAAACUUCAUAAUUGAAGCCAGAGGAAAGCUUUUUUGAAGUGGGAACAGUUCAAAUGUUGAGUGGGGAAAAAAGAUGAAUGAACUGUGGGGGCAAAUCACACAUCUGUCUUUUUGCUUUCCAGUACAAGUAUUUGAAUUUAUGUGUGUUAGAAAGUGUCCUUGCAAAAUGGAGACUGGAGUUAAAGUUAAUUCUAGGUCAAAACAAUCUGAAAAUACAUUUUAUCAGAACUCUUUAUCAUUGUCACGGGACUACCGGUAUGUUCUUGCUUCUUAGUAGACCUCCAAGUGCUACAGAAUUAAAGAUUUCAUAAUUGUGUUCCACAUUUAUGCUAAAUACAAUGGAAUCAUGUCAUAAUCCAAGGAUUAAAUAUUUUAAGUGUCAUCAAAAUCCAGCAUUUUCAUAGUCAUUAUCCUGUUUACAUGAAUCUUCCCUAAAUAAGCGGGCUGGAUCCUAGUCUCUGCAUGACUUUUGAAACUGCUGUGGCUAUUGAGUUUAUUCCUGAGAGAUUAAAGGCCCCAAAUGUUUUGAAUCCAAGGCUGCAACUCUCUAUAAGUUUGCUGAUGGUAACUCAGAUAUUCUCCUUGUCAAAAUGGCAUGUUCUGGAAAGACAGUUUUGUCAGACCAAUGGCAAUGAUGAAGCUUUGUAUCUGUUAAUGACAGUUAUCUUCUGUGAUCCCAAAUCAUCACAUUCUAGUGAGCAUUGCAUUCAGACAUCCAGUACAAGCAUGUGAAUGCCUCUGUAAGUGCUCUGGUGGUAAUAGAAGAAUCUAAAAUUAAUCAGCUGCCAGUUGAACAUUUUCCCUUCAUCUAGCUCAGAUGAUGUGCAUAAUGGUACCACUGAAACCAAGAGUUAUUUAGGGGACAUUGUUUAAUAUAGUUAAGUGAGCAUAAAAUUUAUCUGUAAGAGCAGAAACUAUACAAUUGCAAAUUGCUAAAGAUUAAGGUUUUCCAUGAUUUGAAAGAAAAGAAAAAUAAAUAAAUAACUGAAAGUUGCUGGUUGUGCAGAACUGGUUUCAUGCCAUGCACUUUUGGGGCCUGGACUUUGCCAGGGCAUUCUACAGAACUAUCACAUAUUUUGUAGAAAAGCUGUAUUCAUCAAUGAGUAUUUUUGUAGUUGGGCAUGGAAUACACAGUGUUUAAACAUACACACAAAAUAUAACCUGCAAUUUUCAUGUUUGUUUGUGUUUUGAAACCCCAUAUUUUGAAGAACUGAACUUGUGCGGCUUAAUCAGUAUUUUUAGAUUCAAGAAAAUAAAGGUGACCUUGGGAUAAUAUAAAA